AUGAAAAGCAAGGGUGAUUAAAGUAAAGGAAAUAUAAAAUAAUAACCUGAAAAAUAAGGUAAUACUUAUAAGGAAAUUCAAUGUCAUUAUCAUCCAAAUGAAAAACUAAAAUAUUUCUGUAAGAAACCUGAUUGUCUUUAACCUUUAUGCAAAAUUUGUUUAGAUAUUCAUAUAGAAGAACAUUAGGAAUAAAAUGAUACUAAGGAUGUAAUUUCUUAUUAGAAAUGUUUGUCUGAGGUUUCUAAGAAAAUGUCAGAUAAUUUAGAAUAUUUUUCAGACAAAAUUGGAUAAUUGCAUAAUUAUAUUGAUAGAAUCAUUAAUUUUUAAUGUCCAUAAAAUUGGAUGAAUUUAAUACAGACUUCAGAGAAUCAAAUUAUUGAUUUAAUUAAAAGCUAUUUUAGCAAUCUAAAAUCAUAUUUAUUUUCAACCACUCCUGAAAUUAAUAAAUUAUAUUCAGCUUAGGAUCGUUUAAUUAUAUGUUCAACAAGACUUGAUUAACUUAAGUCAGAAUUAGAAAAUCUAAAGAAUGAAAACUCAGUCACUUAAAUAAUUUUAUAUUAUUAAGGAGAUGUAGAAAAACUAAAUAAUAAAUAUUUAUAAUAUCUUGAAUAAACUUUUGAUGAACUAAAAUAAAUUGAUUUUUCUACUAUAAAUGCACCUAAAAUUUUAAUAAAUCAUAAUAAAUUAAAUAAUCUAUUAGAAUUAUUGAAUGAAUAUAUUAAUUAUGAAUAAUAAUAAGAAGUAUAAGAAGAAUAAGAAGUAUAAGUUGAAUAAGAUUAAUAUGAUGAAGAACCAUAAAUUGAUUAAUCUGAUUAAAGAGAAUAAACCAUUCAAAAUGAUUAAUCAGAAAGAGAAGAAGAAUAACCUAUUGAUAUUAUUAUAGCAUAAGAAGAAUUAUCAGAUUAAAAUGAAUAUCCUUAAUAAUCUAAUGAAGAGGAUUUAGAAUAUUGA